CCGCCCGCUGCCGGCCUGCCGGCGUUUCACGGGCGAAGGCGAACACAACAAGCUCAGUGCGCGAGCAAGCGUGAUACGGAAUGUACGUGUGGUGCGUUUUGCGCGGACGUUGACUCUGCGAUUUAUUUUUUUUAUCUUACGAUUUAUACGCCCAGGAUUAAAAAGUAUUGGAGUAUACAGUCGAUAACCUAAAAAGAGUUUUUAUCAUCAAAGUUGACUUCGUGACAGUUCGCGCAGAAUUUUGACCAAAAUCUGUGAAUUUCCGUAUAGACGCGAAAAAGUGAAGGAGACAUUUCGAAACAAAGGACUGUUUUGUACAUUUUCGCAACGAUUGCGAAAUUGUGUUCAAAAAUACUGAUCUGGCUCAAUCGUGGAGGGCUAAUUAAAUAAAAAAACUGCCCCUGGCCAACUAGUUCGGACACAAUCUGUGGUCACCGAACGACAAAACAAAAGCGUAACGAUUUACUAGAUUAUUACAAGGACCAUAUUUGUAAAGGUUUUCAUAAAAUUCUCGUUAAAAAGUAUCGUGAACUUUACAUCGGCUAACCUAAAAAUUACAGUGAUUUCGUCGACCUUACAAAUUCGUGCUUCAGUGGAUCAGUCAGUUUGCAGAUUUUUGAUACGAAAAAAUUAAGCACUAAAACCUGGAUUAAGUGUCGAGUUGGUUUUGCAUGAUGUCUACUGCCAUAAUGCAUCAGUCUGCGCUGUACGACUUUGGUGAUCUGUUCUUGAAGAACCAAUCUCGGCCAGUGCAGACGAUGAACGCCACACUGAGCGCGACCCUUGGCCCUGUGGGAGCUGGAGCAGUAUCUGGUGCAGUCAAUUGGGAACAGCAUCCAGUACUGGCUCGCGCCGCUUCUGUGCCAGCUCACCGAGCCCUCGCUGGGCUGCUUGAUCGUCUCGGGCACCGCCGGCUCGAGCGCACCACUAGCGAACCCGCGCCACCCCCACCAGCCACAAGCAGAUACAAGACAGAACUCUGCAGACCUUUUGAAGAAGCCGGUGUAUGCAAAUAUGGCGAUAAGUGUCAAUUUGCGCAUGGAAUGCGCGAACUGCGUAACUUGCAACGCCACCCUAAGUACAAGACGGAACUGUGCCGCACUUUCCACUCUGUUGGAUUUUGUCCAUACGGACCCCGGUGCCACUUUGUACACAACGCAGAAGAGGCGCGGCGCCGUGAGCCGCCUUCCCCCGGUGGCUCCUUGGCGUCCCUGUCGUCUGGCGGCUCCCUGGCCUCAUACAUGAGCGACGGGUCGCGCUCCCCGCGCUCGCCCCACUCGCCACUGGCCCCGCAGUCCCCGCUGACGCCGCACUCUCCUCCAGCAAUGUCUCCCCCUGCGCACGCCACGGCAUUCGCGUUCCGCCGCACGCAGUCACCUGACCCUGAAGAAGAGCGACUCCCUGUCUUCAACCGUCUGUCAUCGGCGUUUGGGGACCUCGUCAUCGCCUAGAGCCUGCAACCGCUUAGUCCUAAGUUAACUUAUACCGAACAUAGCUUAAGGAUCGUCCGUCACAUUAGUGCCUACUCGACGUCUUCCAGCCAGCGCCCGAGCGGCGUCCCGCUCGUCGCGCUUCGCGCACACGCACACCCGCUCAACGAAUGAUCUCCAGUUUGUCGAUGCUAUUUUGCUACUUCGCCUUGUAAUUUAUAAAGUUAACGAACGAAGUGUUUUCUGGCGUCUCGAAAGUUUGCGGUGUGAAGUAUAGUGGUUUCGUACCUACAUUUUUAGUUAUCGGCACGCACUUGUAAAUGGCACCUUAUAAUAUUAGAUAUUUAUUGUGUAGCUCGCGGAAGUCUUCCCGAUGAUCCUCCGCCGAGCGGUGGUCUCUGUAAAGUUAGCUUAUAGAACAUUUUAUUUAUUUCGUACUGCCUAUCCGCGCUCGGUACUGUACCGCGAGAAGGCGCUCGUGAUCUAUUUUUAAGGGUUUAAGAUAAUAAUUUAUUAUUUAUUUUGAGUCUCUUUAACUGUAAUAAUUAUUUUAUUUUGUAACUAGCAGCUGCGAUGCCGCACCGCAUACGGACGAGGCCUGCGUCGACGGGACGUGGCUCGUUACCAUACAUAAAGUCGACUGAUUCUGCACCUCGACUCAAACGCUACUUAUUACAAAUUUUAAUUAUAACAACAACCAUUUAUGCGCUACGGGCGGAAUCAGUCGAUUUACUACUCGGGAGCUCGAUGGUCUUGUGGAUCAAAGUAUUCCAGUUUUAUUAUUCUCGAAUAAUUAUUUAUUGUAGUCGACCUCGGCAAGCUAAAACCGAAAGUACUCAGUUGUGGCCGCGUGCCGAACGAUAAUCUCCGGCUAGUCGACAUCGCUAGCGAUCUCCUCGGCGGCCCAUCUCAGCACUAUCGGCACGACUAGUCUGCCGAGGAAUAUUAUUUUUUCAUUUUGCCUCGUGCGAGGAGAACGAGAUGCGUCCUGAAACCGGUUCCAAGUUUGGGUGAUUAUUUUCGUAGUGGUCGGGGCGCUCGCGUCCGCCUCGCAAAAAGCAUCGGGACCGGAGCUCCCGAGCACUGGCCCGCCGAACUCCCGAGUUGUCGUACCGAUAAACCUGUAUAAAGAUAUGACACAAUAAUAUAUGAAACAUGUUUAUACAAUUGUUGCCGGCGAGCGGUCGCCGCGGUGGGGCGGGGUCGGUGCUGCGGACAUUCGCGCUCGCCCGCGCUCCGCAUCAAGUGUGCCUUUUACUUUAUAAACGAGAUAAAUCGAUUUAUUUAAUUUUUAGUUGAUCGAGAUAGAUUAUUGUUUAUUUAUUGUCUCUUUUUGAAUAUAAUAUUCAAAUUGGCACAGUUAUUAGGUACUUUAGACCUACUUUGACAGAACUAAGUGAUUAGUUUCCAAGUAGCAUAGUUUUCUUUUGAAUUUAAAGUGUGAUAUUUUAUAAUAUUUAUAUAAAACAAAGUUUAAACUUUUAAUUAAGGGACCAAUGUAAGUGAUUAG